AUGAAGGUUGACAGCUACCCUGGUGUGGCGCACCAAGCCCCAGUGGAGCAGCAGACCCGGCCCAGCAGAGAGCGGCCCCAGCAGAGCGGAGCAGUGCGCCAGGCCCAGCCCGAGCCCCAGCAGAGCGGAGCAGCGCGCGCCAGGCCCAGCCCGAGGCCCAGCCCGAGGCCCAGCCCGAGGCCCAGCCCGAGGCCCAGCAGAGCGGAGCAGCGCGCGCCAGGCCCAGCCCGAGGCCCAGCAGAGAGCGGCCCCAGCAGAGCGGAGCAGUGUGCCAGGCCCAGCCCAAGCCCCAGCAGAGCGGAGCAGCGCGCGCCAGGCCCAGCCCGAGGCCCAGCCCGAGGCCCAGCAGAGCGGAGCAGCGCGCGCCAGGCCCAGCCCGAGGCCCAGCAGAGCGGAGCAGCGCACGCCAGGCCCAGCCCAGAGCGGCCCCAGCAGAGAGCGGCCCCAGCAGAGAGCGGCCCCAGCAGAGAGCGGCCCCAGCAGAGAGCGGCCCCUUAA